AUGGCGGACGUAGAUUGUUUUCUUUUUGUUUUUACAUGGAAAUGGGGCAGUGAGUUAUUGUUUCGUGAAUGGAGGUUCCUUUCUGGCGUGCGGCCGCCUGUGUACACAAGAUCUGAAGUACAUGGUACAAUUCUACACCACCAACUAUCAUCAAGAAACUACCACCUUCACCACCAACGUUGCCGGUUAUUGGCAACCUCCACCAGCUCGGGGCACUCGUCCACCAGUCAUUCUUUUCUCUGGCCAGGACGCUAUGGUGACUCCCUCAUGCUCCUCCACAUCGGCUCAGUCCCAAGCCUGGUCGUCUCGUCAACUGAAGCGGCUCGUGAGAUCAUGAAGACACAUGAUUUAGCAUUUGCCAGCAGGCCCACCACCAGGAUGUUCAGGACCAUCUCCUACGAUCUCAAGGAAAUAACAGUCGCUCCUUAUGGUGAAUACUGGAGGCAAGCAAAGAGUAUUCUAACUCUCCAGCUUCUGAGUAACAAAAAGGUCCAAUCUUUUGAUGGGCUUAGGGAAAAGAUAAUUGGCGAUUGCCUCACUAAAAUCACCCAAUGUUUCUUGUCAAACAAGCCUGCGGACUUGAGCGACUUGUUUAGCUCACUUACAAACGAUGUCACAUGCAUGGCGACGUUUGGGAGGACGUAUAACGAAGGAGAGAUUGGUCUUAGUGCUAAAGUCGAUAGGGUGGCAGUGGAUUUUGAUGAGUUCCUUCAAAAUGUGGUUGAUGAGACUUUAUCCAAGAAAAGAAAUAACCCUAAUCCAGUUAGUGGUGAUGAACAUGGUGUGGAGACCUUCAUUGAUGCACUACUCAAGAUUCAGAAGGAAGAUAUUCUUGGCAUCACCAUCGACGCAGACGUCAUCAAAGCACUGCUCUUGGAUGCGUAUGUUGCUGGUACGGAUACAUCAUCAUCCGUACUGGAAUGGGCGAUGACUGAACUUCUGUUACAUCGUGAUUGCCUUGAGAAAGUCCAGGCCGAGAUAAGGGCAGUCCUUAACGGAAAGAAAAGAAAGACAUAA